AUGUCAUCUCGUCUGUCCGCGAUCUCACUCGCAGCAUUCUACGGUCUUGUAAUUCUCUACUUCCUCAACAGACUAUGGGACCAUAUCAGCUACUCAAUCAAGACGAAGAAGUACAAAUGCGGUCCUCUCAAGACCUAUCCCCACUGGGAUCCCAUAUGGGGCAUUGACUUUGUUCUCUCCAUGAGCCGUGCUUUCAAAGAGCAUCGGUGGUUGUCUUGGAUGGAGGAGACAUGGGCUGCGCAGGGAACCAAGACUUUCAAGGCGAGGUUUCUGGGCAUGAGAAUGGUGUAUUCGUCUGAGAUGGAGAAUAUGAAGGCGAUGAGUACGUCUCAGUGGGAAGAGUUUGUGCUUGAGCCGAUUCGUGUGGAUAACGGUGUUGCGACGCCCUUUACUGGGAAAGGUGUCAGUACAGCGGAUGGAGAGUUCUGGCAUUAUAGCCGGGGUAUCAUCAAGCCUUAUUUUGAGAGGCAGGCAUUUGCCAAUGUGGCUAGACUCAAGCCGUUCACGGAUAAGAUGCUGGAUCUUAUUCCCACCAACGGCGACACCUUUGACAUGCAGGUUUUGACAAGACGAUGGUUCCUUGACACGUCAACUGAGUUUCUUUUUGGAAAGUCCCGCGAGUGUCUCACCUAUCCUGAACGUGAAGACGUAAUGCUCGCCAUGGUCGACAUCAUGCGCGGCGCUCGCGUUCGUCUCACCAUGAGCAAAUUCAUGUUUCUCCAUAGAGAUCCAAAGUGGUAUGAGAGUAUUCGCUUCGUGCACAACUUUAUGAAUGAGUACAUCGACCAAGCCUACGAUGAAUUACACCAGAGAAAAGAGCAAGGUGAGAAGUUUGCUGACAAGCCUGAGCGAACCGACUUGCUCUGGGACAUGGUGCAGAAAAUUCCCUCUGAGGAUAGGAUUCUUCUCAGAGAUCAGAUCACUGCUGUUUGGGUGCCGAGUAAUGAGACUACGAGUAUUCAUAUCUCAAACGCUAUUUAUCAGUUGGCGAGACAUCCGGAUGCUUGGGAGAAACUGCAGAAGGAGGUUCUUGAGCUUGGGGAUGAGGAGCUUACGUUCUCCAAGCUUCGCGGGAUGAAGUACAUGAAUUGGGUUAUCAAUGAGACACACCGAACUAUCCCAAAUGGUAUCCAGAUGAUCCGCGUCGCAGCCCAUGACACAACUCUCCCCCGCGGCGGAGGCCCAGACGGCAAACAGCCCAUCUUCUGCGCCAAAGGCGACAUCGUUCACUGUAAUCGCUACCUCAUGCAUCGCGACCCUGACUACUGGGGUGAAGAUGCAGCAGAGUUUAGACCAGAACGAUGGGAUGGUCUUCGUCCGCUUUGGCACUUUGUCCCCUUCGGUGGCGGACCUAGAAUCUGCCCUGCUCACAUCCUUGUCGCUACGGAGACAGCGUAUGUCUUGACAAGGUUUUGCCAAAAGUUCAAGGGGAUUGAGGCGAGGGACGAGAGGGGUUAUGUUCCUGUUAUGAGAGUUGGGCCUAGUAGUUUGAAUGGUGUCAAAAUCGCUGUGACCCCGAGGUAA